ACCAGGCAAACGUCCCCUACCCACGCGCCGCUUCCUUCGAGACCCAUGGGAUCCCCAGCCCCACAGGUCCCUCAGGGUCUCUCGCAAUCUCGUCCCCUCGGAGCUCCAAGGAUUCCCGUCCCCAAGUCCUCCCCCCCCCCGGAGCCAUUCUUCAAGCCCAGCCCCUUCAGAGAUCCCCUCUCCAGUGUUUGCUUUUCCAGCUCCCCCUCGACCCUCACCCCUGGGCUCAGCAGUUCCCUCCCCAUGCCUUGAAGAUUCUUGAAUUCCUUCGCCAGGCCUCGCGCCUUUGGAGACCCAAGGAAUUCCCACCCCCCACAGCCACUUGGGUACCCCAGGGUCUCCCCAGCCUCAUCCCCUUCGGAAAUUCAAGGAUUCCCGCCCCCAAGCUCAAACCCUUCGGAGAACCCUCAAGCCUCGCCAAUUCGGAGACUACCCUUUCCUAGGGCCACCGUCUCAGGAAUCCGGGAGUUUGCCCCGCUAACUACUGAGGCACAACAGGGGUCCCUUUGGCCAUUCCCCCACCCUCGGGAACCCGAGGCCACUUUCUCAGCCCCAGUCCCUAGAGGACCCAGGCGUCCCGAGCCCCAGCUUGAACUCUUUUCUCCCCCGAACCUGAUACCCAGCGCAGCGUCAGGGAAAAAGCUAGCAACAGGUGGUUCCCGCUGGGGGCCGCGCCCCCGCACCUGCGACUGUCCAUCCCUGGCGGCCCCGGCCCUCUCCCUCCCCCUCCUUGGCCACCCCAAUGCCUUCCCCCUUUCCCCCGGCACCAGGGUCAGAGCAUGGAGUAAGGGAGCCUCGGGACCCAGGUGUCCCGGCCUUCCAUCCUCCACCACCUCCCUUCCUACCCCCACCCCAUCCCCUAUUCUCCCCGCCCUGACCCUCCAACCCUGCAAAGGACCCUAUAAGCCAAUGACUACUAAAUCUCUUCUGGAGGACUCCGGGCGGUCGCGAAAGGGCGGAGAACAGGCAGGUCUGGCCUGAGAGGGAGGGGCCUGGGGUCUCAAGGCUUGCGGUUGCACCCGGCUAGAUACAUUGCACUCCUGCGACCCUGAUUCCACUUGGCCCCCACCCCCCGCCUUUCAGACCAGCUCCUCUCCGCCCCCUUCCUGGCCAUGACCCUCGUUGCCUCGGCCCAGUGUUCCCAGCUCAUCCGCUCCAAGUUCCGCUCCGUCCUCCAGCUCCGAAUCCACCGGAGAUCCCAGGACCAGCGUGAGAGUGGACAGAAGCCUGACCAGACCUCGACUGGGACCCAGGCCUCUAGUCACUCCGCCUUUCUCCCCACUAAUGGAUCCAGGGGACCCCAGCGCCUGCCUGCAGCUCCUUCCCCCUGGGGAACACAGCCUUCUUUCAUCCAGUCUUUUCCACCUAAGGAUUCAGUGGAUCCCUGGAUCUCGGCCCCAGCCCCCGACCAAGUCUCCAUCACCAAUUCCUCCCCUUUAUCCUGUGACCCUGGAGUCUUCAAACCCAAUCCAGCAACCCUCCCCUUUUCUGGGGUGUCAUUGAAGAAGGCCAAAGGAGACGGUCACCAGAGGGAGCCCAGAUCCAGAUUGAAACCACUCAAGUACCACGCAUAUGUGCCCCCAGAGCACCGUGGAGGGCCAGGGCCAGGUGCAGCGGCGCCGGCCCAGGGAAGCCACCCCAGGGAGGAUGGGCAGCUCUCAGGGCACAAGCAGGACCUGUCUUUGCCUAGGACUUGGGGGUCGAGACCGGGACUCCAGGACAGCCCCGCACCCCCGGAGGUCCCCCGACCAGUGGCCUCUAAGCCCAAGUUAGAGCUUCAGACCCUCCGAUUGGAGGAGCUGACGGUCUCGGAACUCCGCCAACAGCUCCGCCUGAGGGGCCUCCCAGUGUCCGGGCCAAAACCGGCCCUACUGGAGCGGCUGCGAGGGGCCGGGGCCCGGGACAGGCAGCCCCAGGUGCAGCGGCCGGUGCGGAGCUCCGGAGUUCGCUCCCGCGCCAGCCCAAGCUCUAGCUCGAAACCCAGGUCCCGUCCGCGACCUCGCACGGAGCCCCAGGCCCCUCCUAGAACAGCUGGAAAGUCCCCCUGGCCCCGCCCCGCUGCCCCCGAGGCCCCGCCUGCUCCUCCCGCCGCACCUCGAGUCCUGUCCUUGGAAGAGGAGCUUCAGGAGGCCAUCCGCAGGGCGCAGCUCAACCCCCAUCACUCCAUCCAGGACAUUCUGGACGAGCCUCUGGAGCCGCUGGCAGAAGCUCUGCCUCCACCCCCGCUGGAUUUCCCGGGCUCCUUCGACCUCCUGUCUCCAUCCCCGCCGCCAGGCUCCGAGGGCCUGUCCUCCGUCUUCUCCUCCUGGCCUCCGUCCCCUGCCAGCUCGCCAUCGCCAGGACCGGGGCGUCCCCUGGAGGCUGCCGAUUGGCUGGAGGCUCUGACCGGAAGCCCAGCUCUGGACUGCUCCGGCCCAACCCCUAGCAUCUUCUGCACCGACUUCGCAGAGCCUGGGACCAGCAGACUCUGGGACUUGGGAGUGGAGGAGUGGUGAUGGGAGCCUGCAAGGGGGGGGCCUUGCCGGGGACAGGCACCCAACAAACAGGAACACCCACAAGUCAGGAGCCAAAGAAAUGGCCACAUGCAUCCCGACAGAAAUUCACAGACACUCACAGUCACACACAAACACUGGCAGAGUAGGACAGAAACCAGCACAGAGAAAAAGUGCCAUUUCCACAAGGAGAAACACAGAAAAACCUGCAGAGUGACAGAGACACAGAUGGGGCCAGGAGAUGAGGGAGGGGAAAUGAGAGGGAAACAGAGGCAGGGCCACUGACAUUCAGAACUACAGAAAUGGCCCAUCCUUUACAGGGACCUUGACUAAUGGAGAGAAGGACCUUAAAUCGAGGGGCUCCAAUCCGCACUCCUGUCCACACUGAGAGUCUGGGACUAGACAGGCACGAGGACAACUGAGUGAUGUUGAAGAAGCCUCCCCCUUCCCCCAUCUUCUUAGCAGACUAUGUAAAAUUCUCAAACAUUCAUGUGUUUUCUCUUUUAAAACGCAAAGGCCAGUCUGGUCAUUUCGCAGGAUGUGAGCUGCCUCAGGGGUGUGAUUGUAGACUGGACUGUAGACUAUCUUUAGGGAAGGUCCUUAAUAUCUCUGGUCCUCAGUUUCCCCAUCUUUAAAAUGAAGGAGUGAGACAGAUUCUAAGCCCCCCUCUGCCUUUCAGAAUCUGUGAUUUCUAGACUCACUGUGUGAUUUUGGUGUCAACUACUCUCUCUGGGCCUCAGUAAAAUGAGGACUCAAGGUUACUGGGCUCCAACUCCUCAGAAGCUUCAAUCUUCACUGGGGAGAGUGAGACUAUACAGAGAGCUGUGUCCAUGGACCAGGCUGUCAGCCUCCUGAUGUCUUGCUUAAGCUUCCCAGGUUGGGACUGCACCCCUGCCCAUCCUGCCUCUACUCAGAACCCCAGGCUGUGGUCCACCAUGCCUCCCAGGGCUAUGGACAGGAAGGUGUCUGGGAGCUGGCAGUCUAGUGGGUUGGGUGUGGUUGUCCAGGCCUCUGCUACGGGCAUGUAUGAAGGCACCCAUGGCUGUGAUUGCGUGGUUGCCCUGUGUCUGCAGCAGGGAAGGAGUGUCCACUGAGGCCUCAGCCCCAUCAUCAGUGGACUUUGAAUCCCCACUGGAGGCAUCUUCUAUGUAUUCUCUAUACCAGGAGAGCCAGUUGGGGUGACCUCGAAGCCGGCAGCAGUGUCAGCCCAAGCCACCAGUGUGAGGGAGCUCCCACAGUGGGUCACCACAGCCAUUCACUACUUAACAUAUAUCUGAGAAUUUA